AGUUGACAAAAAAAAAAGUUGUCGACCAGAGAAACCGUCUGAAGAUCUAUAUCACAGUAGAUUUUGACUCAGAUUGGAGUAACUAGCUAGCUGAAGAAAGAAGAGGGAAAAAUGAAUUAUUGAAGAGGAGAUGGAUAUGGAAGCUAUUAAGGCUCAUGUUCUUGAACUGGGACUCGACUUAGAUGCUACGGAUGAUUUGCUGGAGGCUUAUGAGGAGACUGCUGAGGAAGAUCUGAUGGAACAGGAGGAUGGAGGGAACGUUCAAGGAGGGGAGGCGAUGAACUCUGGUGCAGAAGAGAUGGAAACAGGCGCUGGAGAGUUAGCUAAGAAGACUGGAUCUAGAAAGAGAUUGUUCAAAGCCCCGACUGGAAAUGCUGGAAGUGCCAAGAUGCGUCUAGUUAGUGCUCUAGCAUCUCCGCGUAAGCGUGGCGCAGCAAAGCCAGGAACUAAGGGUUCUUCAAACCCAAAAAAUGGAAUCCCUAAACCUUAGUUUAUGAAGCUGAAUUUAAUUGUAGUUCGACCAUGUAAGCAGGGUGUUGCUACUGGUCUUGAUGGGGGUUUUUUCGUUUAUUUAAUAAGCUCUAUGAGCAGAUAUAAGUUAUUUGGGGCUAUGGAUUUUGUGGUCUUGGGUUUUCUUUUCAGGUCAUGGUUGAUGUUUAAGGUUUUGAUGUUGGUUCUAUGGAAUAAAAA